AUGUCAACUUAUUCGCAAAAUGAGAAAGACUUAUUAUACUCGAAAUGGUGCGAGAAAUUUGACCUUGCAAGACACUCCUUGCUUGCCAUUUUUAAACGACAGGAAGGAAUUCAAGAAGUGAAACGUAAGGGAAUUAUUAUCGAUAGUGAAAUAUCACGUGGAAAAUUCCAAGAGUUUAGUGAAAGGGAACCAAGGAUUUCUGUAAAAUUCC